AUGGCCGAUCCUCUCCUGACGUCUCUCUGCGCCAUCUGCCACACGUGCUCGGCGGCGUGCGUCAAGAAGCACAAAGCCUGGUCGGAGUGCAGCGGCGAGCGCGACGCGACCGUCUUUAUCCCGCAGUCGCAGCUGCGCACUGUCGCCGGCGUCAACCACGACUACAACUUCCUGCAUAAGUUGGACCUCUCGGUCGAGCGGGCGGAAAGGAUGCUGGUCGGCGACAAGGGGCUCGUGCGACAAGACGAGCUGCGGCCGCAGACGGUGCAGCAGGUGCGGUGGAAGACGGGCCGUGACGGCAGGAAGAAAAAGGUGCUGGUGGUGGCGCCCAAGGCGCCCAAGGAGACAGGGGAACGACGGUUCGAGCGGUUCUUGGCCCAUAGGCUGAGACAGCUGAACAUCCAGAUCACGCGGGCGCCGCAGGGCAUGGCGAGGCAGAGGGAGAACAACACGACCUUUAACCGCCGCUCCGGGGGGAUCAAUUGGCAGGUGGAGUGGCUGGUCCUGGGCGACGAAGACCAGGGCCCGGGCACCGACCAAGAGAAGGGGCCGAUGACCAGAUGCCUGUCCAAAGUCCUCGAGGACGUGCCGCUAUACCAAGCCUACCAAGCUGUACAGGAUGACAGGGCUCGGGCUGGGCGGAAGAAGGGGCUGAGAAGCGGGCGGCGGGAGGAAGCACAGCGUCUGUCCGACUCGAAAUGGAACCCCGUCGCCAGCUCAGCGCAAGAUCCUCUGACGGGACACUGGCGGCGGCAGUUUCGGUUUUUUCUCGGCGGGCCCCCGACAGGGUCCAAUCUCGCGACGGCAAUCGCCGCGCUCGAGCCGACAGACUGCUUGAGGGACAUACUUGCCAACACGCGGCUCCUCGAAUACCCCACGCUAUACGUGUUCAAGGCCGGCAAGGCGCUGCCCGCGGGAUUCGUGGUCGGGCCCAAGGAUACGGUCCCUGCAGAGCUGGGCACCAAGCGCAGAGGCGCCGCACGCACAGACGCACAGGGGGGUCGGGAUUCGGCGAAGCGGAGGAAGCAGGACCGAGAGGAGGGCGGCCUGGAAGAGGAGGAGGUUGACGGGAGCGGCGAGGGCGAGGACGAGAACGACAUGGGGGGCGUAGGCGUCGAGGGGGCAGAAAGCGGGGGAGGGGAUGAUGAAGAGGAUAGCUCUUGUACGAGCUCUUCUGGUACGGACGGGGAGUCGGAUUGA